AUGUCUGGAUACGACAGAGCUCUCACAGUCUUCUCUCCUGAUGGCCAAUUAUUCCAAGUCGAAUACGCAUUAGAAGCAGUCCGAAAGGGAACUUGCGCGGUUGGAAUACGAGGAAAGGAUGUCGUAGUAUUAGGUGCUGAAAAGAAAUCUGUAUUGAAAUUACAAGAUCCACGAACAAUCAGGAAGAUUGCCAUGUUAGAUGACCAUAUUUGUAUGGCUUUUGCUGGACUGACGGCAGAUGGAAGAGUAUUGAUCAACAAGGCACGAAUGGAGUGCCAGAGUCAUCGUCUGACUGUAGAAGAUCCCGUCUCUGUCGAAUACAUUACAAAAUACAUUGGUGGUGUCCAACAGAAAUACACACAAUCCGGUGGUGUCAGACCAUUCGGCAUAUCCACCCUGAUUAUCGGAUUCGACGUGGACAAAAUCCCCAAACUGUAUCAAACAGACCCCUCAGGAAUCUACUCGGCAUGGAAGGCAAACGCCAUUGGCCGAUCAUCCAAAACCGUACGAGAAUUCUUGGAAAAGAAUUACAAGGAUGACAUGUCGCGUGAUGAAGCAAUCAAACUCGCAGUCAAAUCAUUGUUGGAAGUAGUGCAAACUGGUGCCAAGAAUAUUGAAAUUGCUGUUAUGGGGUCAGAUGCUGUAUUGAAGAAUCUGGACUUGGAUGAGGUUGAAGCUAUAUGUGCUAUUAUUGAAAAGGAGAAGGAGGCUGAGGCUGCAAAGAAGAAGGGCGGUGCUGCAAGUCAAACUGGAGGUGCUUCAUCCUCAUCGUAG